AUGUUGGAUCUGCGGGAUAUUGAUUUUGUCGCUUUAAUUGUCAUAGAUGUUACAAAACACAAAAGACGUACUCAUCAUGCUACAGACAAUUUUUCGUCAAAUAAAUUAAAUAAUGAUUCAAGUCCAAAAAACUCUAUUAACAAUGAAAGUAUCUAUGAAAUUCAACCAAUAGCUAGUGAAUUAUAUGCAACUACUACAAAUCUACCAUCAGCAAUAACAAUAGCUGAUUUAGAUACUGAUGAAAUGACAAUUCGAUUUCGUAGAGAUGCAAAUAAACCAAUUGUUUUUUCUGUAACAUGUCUUGAACGUUAUCAAUUAGAUACAGUCGAUGAAUUUCUACGACAAUAUUCAUCUCGCGUUACACAAACAGCAUCAAUUAAUUCUGAAGUAACUCAUUUAAUAAAAAAUGAUGAUAAACCUACAUUACAUUCACCAUUAUCAAUGAAAUUAAUUGAAGCUAUAGCUAAUCAUUGUGCAUAUGAAAUUGAAGGUGAUGAUACAGAUUGUCAUUUUCAAGGUGGUCCAAAACGUUCACGUUCAAUUGAUAAACGUCUGUCACUUUUUGAAUAUAUAUGUUUUAUUAUCAAAUGUACGGAAAAUAAUGAUAUUAAAAUGACAAAUGUGCGUUUACAAGAUAAUAAUUUUAAAAAAAAACAGAGGUCUAAUAAUAAAGAAAAUAUGACGACAACAGCAAGUACAUCGUCAAAUUUACCUGAUAAAGAUCAAAUUCGUGCACAUGUUCGACGUGAUGGUUUGAUUGAAAGACAAAGAUUUAAUACACGAAUUUGUAGACCAUUAUGUAAAUAUAGUGAUGGAGAAGAAUGUAAGGUAUUUGUUGCUUAUCGGAGUCUUUGUGUUGGACAUUAUCAUCAAACAUCAGAUAUAACUGUUAAUGAAUUAAAACGUAGACAAUUAAUUCAACAAUCAGCAACUGCUGUUGCAUCAUCAAAGGCAACAAUGAUACCUUCAAAAAUUCGAUGUUCUAUUGAAACACCUUUAACUCUUGGUCUGAAACAUUGGCGACGAAAAACAGCACAACCGAAUUCAUCAACAUCUGUAAAAAAACAAUCGUCGCAAAUAUCCUCUAAAACUCUAGUCAAUAAUAAUAGUAAUAAAUGUCGAAAGUCAGAUGAAUGGGUUCUUCUUAAACGAUGUCGAUAUGAUUCAACUCAAAAUAUACCAUCUGUUCAAUCAAUUUUACUUAAUACAUCAACAACUAUAGAUGAGUCAACUGCAGCAUUCGAUUCUAAUCAAGCAUGUUCAUCUGUUAGUUCAAUUGAUAGUCAUGCUGAUGAUUAUAUUUUGGCUCAAAAAUCAAUUUCAAUAACUCCAUCUCACCUAACUGAUGAACAAAUGAUAAGAAUAAUCGGAAAAAAAAGAAAAACCAAUUAUUAUUAUUGUUUCAAUCAGGAUCAUCUUGAUCAAUUUCUUCAACGUUUUAAUAUUCAUUAUUCAGAUAAAAUUGAUGAAAAAAAACAACACAUUUAA